AUGUUUGAAUCGGCUGUCGAGGUUGACAUAGUUGGCAACACGCUGAAAUACGGGGUCGAUGGAACGGUUGACUUCGAUGACAUCCUGUGUAUACUGUCGGGUCCAGCGCCCAGUCAGUAUCGCGUACUGUUCUUCCAGAAAACCGGAAAAGACAGCGACGAGUCAGAAGAGCACACAUAUCUAAAGAAGAUCGACUUAAAAUGUCUACCGACUGAGCUAUCUCGUUUUGUAACGACUAUCCCAAGCCAUCUUCAAAACGCAGAGAGGCCACCGGUUAUCCAAGUGGUGAUAUCCACAGGCUCGGGGACAGGCAACGCCAGAACAGUCUUCCAGGAUGCCUUACAACCUCUAUUCAACUAUACUGGGCUAGAGGGCAUCGAAGUCUACGAAACAGAGUCUGCACAGACAAUCACCGAACUGACACAAUCCAAAUUCAUCAACCAUGCGGCCGAAGGAAUUCCCCAAACCAUCAUCCUUCUCUCAGGCGACGGGGGUUUAAUUGACAUCCUCGAUAUCUUCUACAAAUCAAAGCAGACACUCAAAAUUCCACCUAAUAUCGCCCUGAUUCCAUGCGGGACAGGCAACGCCAUGGCGAGUUCAAUUGGACUACGAUCUGGUCCGAUACCAGGUCUGCCAACACUACUCCAAGGCACACCAUCCCCCAUCCCAGUCUUCGGCGCCCGGUUCUCGCCUGGGAGCCGGUUUGUCGUUGAUGAGGGUCGUCAGCGGACGCCGAUAGAAAGUGACAGCGACGAUGCUGCCUAUCGGACGAUACACGGUGCCGUCGUUGCGAGCUGGGGUCUUCAUGCUGCGCUCGUUGCUGACAGUGAUACAUUUGAAUAUCGCAAAUUCGGUAUUGAUCGGUUUAAAAUGGCUGCCAAUGAGCUGCUUUAUCCUUCUGAUGGUUCUCCGUCUCAUCGGUUCAAGGGGAAGAUUACUAUGACUCUACGGAACGAUGGGCACGAGGAUGUUCGUCGGGAAAUCCUGGGAAGUGAUGAGCAUAUGUAUGCCCUUGCUGCAAUGGUUCCGCGUCUUGAGAAGGAGUUUUUAAUUUCUCCUGAGUCUGUGCCGCUCAGUGGAGAGAUGCGGUUCAUUCGGUUUGGAAUUAUGCCGCCGGAAGAUGCGUUGCAUUUGAUGACUUUGGCUUAUCAGGGUGGCAAGCAUGUUACAGAGGAGACGGUUACAUAUGCUAAUAUUGAAGGGCUUCGAAUUGAUUUCCUGGAAGACGAGGAGAGAUGGCGGCGGGUUUGUAUUGAUGGGAAGAUUGUUGCUGUUGAGAGGGAUGGUUGGAUGGAGUUGUAUAAAGAGCCAGAGCGGUUGCUUCACUUGAUUCAGUAA